AUGGACGCUACCAAUAAGCGUCGAGUGACUGCCGAUGUAGAGGUGCAAGUCGCAGAGAGAAGCCGUAACCUGCCCCAUGCCCGGCCUACCAGUCAACAGAGCGCUCGAAAAAAAUCGUCCUCCUGGCUUGGUGCACCGCUUGUGUAUGCUGCGUUGACAUUCUUCGGCCUCAUGAUCUUUGUACACGUGUGGCAGUUCUCGAGCUCGCAGAUACGUCCAGUACUGUCCACGCCCUUUUACAAUAAGACGAUGGUACAGUUUUCUACCAAAUAUGGCCCCUUUACAGUGGAUCUGUACCCAGAGCACGCGCCCCAAACAGUAGAAGCUUUCAAGAAGCUUGUAGACGGUGGCUUUUACCUUAAGGAUGCCGGCUUUUACUACAAUGAGCCCAAGUUUGUGUUGCAGGGAGGAGGCUUUCUCUUUGACAAAGAGUCACCUAUCGGCAAUCUACCGGUAGAAUACAGCGCCCCGAGCACCGAGAGGAUGGUGGUGAUCGCGCGUGGCCAUAAGUCGGGUUUGGGUAACACCGAGUUCGCCAUCAUGCUGCAUGACAAUACAGAGAGAAACAGACCGAGCGAGGAUGGACCUGGCUACACGACAUUUGGACGAGUCGUGGAAGGAUGGCAUACCAUUGAGUAUAUCUCGAAGAAAAUGGCGUCCGGAUUCAUGGCCAAAGAGGACCGAGAUUACCAGAUUGGAUUCGACAAGGUCGAGUUUGUGGAGCGUCUUACAAACGACAACUACGAGGCCAGAAAGCGGCUUGAGGAGUUGACGUACGUGCUGGAGACCCCAUACAGCAUCGUGAUUAUCUCAGAAAAGGACUGCCCCGAGAAGAAGGAGGUGCAAAAGAUGCUUCACGAGUUCCGCUCCACUGUGCGUACCAAGGAGAUUGGUUCUGACAGCCAUAUUCCGUUUGAGCUGGAAGCCGUGGAGGCGCUGAUCGGUCGCAAGCCGUUGCCGUUUGUGUUCAUUAAAGGCAAAUAUAUCGGUGGUCUGCCUGAAGUGCAGAAGAUGCAGCAGAGGGGUACGCUUCGUACAACGCUGGAGAAUAGCGGCACGCUUGCAGAAGAUGCCGUGUGGUCAGCUAUCAAUCAGAACCCCUUGGUGCUCUUCAGUAAGUCGUACUGUCCGUACUGCAGGAAAACCAAAGCGACGUUGGCGGAGCAUGGUGCCAAGCCCGUGGUGUUUGAGCUGGAUACUCGAGAAGACGGUCCGGCCAUCCAAGCUUUUCUGUUCCGAUUGACGCGUCAGUCUACCGUGCCGAACCUUUUUAUCAAGGGCAAAAGCGUCGGUGGAAACGACAACGUGCAGGAAUUGGAGCGGUCCGGCCAGCUGGCGGAUCAACUCAAGAAGGCAAGAGCCAUUGAGUAA